AUGUCAACCAACCGUCCAUUCCUAGCCAACUUCCUGGCCGCCUUCCGCGCCCAGUCAACCUACAAAGCAGCCUCCCAGCCCGUGGGCAGCGGCGGCACCUCCUCUCUCUCCAGCGCUCAAAUCUCCCAGAGCGCCCGCGCCAUCGCCACAAAAGCAGCCAACUCAGCGCAAGCUGGCUCAUCGUCCGGUGGCUCAGGGUCGGGCCCAGCUUCUCACCACUCGCACCAUAACCACCACACCCACACUUCAUCCUCCACAUCAGCGGGCACAGCGGGGCCCGUGCAAGGACCCGCCCCGGCCCCGGCCCACCACUAUCACCACUCGACUGCCCAGGCGGAUACCUCAUUCCCUUCGUCACCACCGACUCCGGCUUCCUCAACCCCCAUCCCGAUCAACCGGGCUCCAGCUGAUCGUCAGCGUCGCGGCAGUGACAGUUCCAGUGGCUCCGGCGGGUUCCGCGAUGCUAUAGGGCCCGAGAAGUGGUAUAUUGGGGGCCGGACCCCGGCUGGUGAAGAGCGGUUCUAUCGUCUUGGGAUGGUGACCAAGGGUGGCGGGCGGCUUGGAGGAAGUGGACGGGUUGGCAGCAUCGACCAGUUGAGUCUGUGA